CUUAGAUUAGUUCAACGUGUCUAUUUAAAAAAUAAUACUAAUCUGUUUAUCGUUCCUCCGCAGCGGCCGUCGUUAUCUAGAUCGGAUGCGGUGUUGUUGUUAUCCCGAUUGGCUACUUCCGGCUUCGCAACCGUGGUUUUGGACUCGCGAUCCGGAUCGAGAUCUGAGGUGAAGGACCAUGAUUUGAUGGUGUGUGAUUGCUGCACCAACGUCGUUGAUGCGGAGAAAACGAGAUUUACCAUCCAAUCCAUCAGAUCGAUUCUGUACCUUUGUCGUUGUCGAUGGCGAAGGUGAAAUCAGUGGUGAAGUUCGCGACGACGCUAGUGGAGGCCCAUUUCAGGUGGAGGGUGGUGGGGGAAGGGGGGAUAGAUAACAUCGAUAUAUGGGUCGUCGAGGAGGGACUCGUAAGAGUCGUAGAUUUUGGCGUCAGGAGGGAAAUCGUUGGCCUUGGAGAAUUCG